AAGAUGAGGAUGAGGGGCGAUUCGAAAAGUCUAACAGCUAGCUCAACCGUCAACUGAUAAAGACAUAGAGUGAAUACAUUUCAAUAUACAAUCCAGAAAUGUCGUGGUUCGAAAGAGAUAUUUUCUGAACAAUUGUUUCAAUUAGAUCUAAGAUUGUAGACAAUAUUAAGGACCUCAACACAGAGAAGGUAACUAUGACAAAUGGUUUAUCCUUUUUGUCUGGAUUCAUUUGUGGUAUAAUCCUGUACUUUGUAGCGUUUCCCAGUCCUUCAAUAUUUUUCAUCAAAUAUGAAUCUACAAAUGAGGACAAGAUUGUUAGGACUUUGUUUGAAAAUUAUUAUCUUGACGAAGUGGAUCAAAUAAUCCCUAGUUCUGUGAUAAACGAUUCCAAAUUCCACAGAGAUAAUAAUACUCUGGGCACAAUUCUCCAGGAAAAAGUCAAAGUUCAUUGUGUAAUAUUCACCAGUGAUUAUUUUGGUGGACGUCUUCUAUCGACAGCUGUUGCCAACACUUGGGCAAAGAGAUGUUCAUCCGCCGUCUUUGUCGGAAGGAAAACCAAUCAACACCUUCCUUUUCCAAUGAUAUAUAGUAAUAUUUCCUUUUACCGUUCAGAUUAUGAUGCCAAAAGUGUGUUCGGUGUCGCAGUAUUAGAAACUUUCAAAAGACAUCUUAACAAUAAUGACUGGUUUCUGUUCGCUGCCGAUAACACGUUUGUGAUACUAGAAAAUUUGCGGUACUAUCUCUCGAAGCAGAAUGCAUCUGAACCAAUAUAUUUUGGAACAAUCUCGAAUGCAGCGAGAGGCAUGGCUUGGCCGUUUCACAGUGGAAUUACUGUAUUUAGCAAGGCGUCUAUGAAGAAAUUAAAACAAUCGUCCAUUGUUUCAUGUAAAGAAAGUGUUCCAUAUGAAUUUACUUCAAGUUUAUGUUUAAGGCAUGAGGGAAUUUUAGAUAAAACGCCUUUAGAAAGAUAUGGGACAUCAAUCAUAAAUAAUUUGCCCCUUUCCAUUUCCGCUAAGCUUAAUAAUCCCAUGGGAAUACAUAUGCAACCAAAUUCAUACAUGAUUUCUCUACGUUUUCUACAAUCUCAGGAUAUUUAUGCGCACGAAUUUCUUGUGUAUCACCUGAGGGCGUUUGGAAUCAAUAAACUGUCUACUUAAUAUUACAAUUGCGUUUUUUAAAAUCUGAUAUGAGGAUGUGUAAUAUCUUGAUAAAAUAAAUCAGUAAUUA